GCCUGGGCUCUGGCAGAUAUGCACCCAUUUACGUGCAUAGACAGACAGGAGGCAGUGUCUUAUAUUACAGAUUUAUGCAGCUGAGCCAAUCCUGGCUUGCUGAGACACAACCACAUGCCACAUGUGCCUCCCUGUGGGUAUCUGCGACAGGUGCAUGGGAUGUGUUAGCUACCAGGACAGAAGAGAUGAACUGAGACAUUCUCCUUGCCCCUGGAUUUAGCAGCUGGAGUACAAGCAGGAAUCUGAAAAUUUCAGUUCCUUCAGUGAGAAAGGUACCUGUACCUCUUGGGAAGCCCAGUAAGCCAGAGCCCAGUCCUACCUUUCCAGGAACUGGCUGCUGAUUCCAGUGGGCAGAGAGAAUAACCAAAGUUAGAUGAGACCCUGGGCAGACCCAGACCUUCUGAUGCUAAGCCCGCAGUCCUGCUAGAGUGAGGACUCAACUACCUGCCACAAGCCUCGGACAAGUCGCAUUACUCAUCUGGGCCUCAGUUUCCUCAUAUGUCAAAUGAGGGUUGCUGGGAGGUUCAUACAAGGGAACAUACUGUGCAAACAGUUGUUGCCACUGCACACUUCACGGAUUCUGGUGAUAAGGAAAAGUAAACGUGAGUGUGCAUGCACAGGGUGCACACUUGUCCUGAGUCCCUCGCUAGGGUGUGGAAACCAGAGCCAGGCCAGGACUGGGUGGGCGCGAUCCUCCCAGCCCCCACCCCCAGCCCAGGGCCGGUGCGGCGGGGUUUUCCUCCGGCAGGCGGCGGGCUGAAGGUUGCACGGCGCGCUCCGCACGUGAGGCGGCAGCACUGGCUCCGGCCCCAGCGCGCAGCCCGGGCCGCCCGGCUCGCCUGGCGCAGGGGCUGCCCGCGCCGCUGGGCCGCCCAGCCCACCCUGCCGGCUCCCGGGGAUCGAGGCCCACCCGCCGCCCUCCCCGGCCUCCCGGAGCCCCUCCCUGCGGGCCCUGCUGGCCAGCGGCUGCCCUCGCACUGUCCCUUCGGGGCCCGCGAGUCCUCCAGUCCCUGCGGCUGUGUGGGUCCGCGCGGAAGCUGGUGCGCCGCGUGGCGGGUCCGAGGCUGGCUCUUGGCUCCUGCAGCUCCGCCGGCCGCCGCUGGGGGCGGCCUCUCCGGGGAGCUCGGCAGGGACGGCGCGCACGGCCCCGGGUUCCGGGCUCCCGUGGUCGCUGGGCUCUCUCUCCGCCGCGGCAGCCGGCCCGGCUCCCGCCCGGCUCCGUGCGUGUGAUCGCCGUGCGUGUGUGUGUGUGACGGGGGCGCGCGUCUGCGCGAGCGUUGGGGGCCGUGUGCAUGCGGGGCGUGCGGGGGAGUGUGUUUGUGUGUGUGCGUGUGGGUGUGAGUGCCUGGCUCACUCUCGCUGAGACACACACAUACAUACACACACACACACUCACGCGCGCGCGCACACACACACACACACACACACAACCCGGCUGGCUCGUCUGAACUUGAAGACGCCCCACAUUCCAAGAUGCCCGAGGUUCCUGGGGUUGCCUGGGGUUCUUCAAUCUGGAAAAUCCUACCGGCAUCCUCCUAGGGAGGGAUUAUCUGGUUUUGAUUUUUUGUUUUUUGAAAUCUGGAAGAGAACAAGUUGUGCUUUUUCCUCCCUUCUUGCUAAAUGCCGUGGAUAUAACUGAAUAAGCCGCUCAGGGCUCUCCGCGUGGACGUUCGAGGCCACCAUCUGCCUGCGUUCUCCGGAGCCGGAGGGCUUAGCUCGAGCCGGUCUCGGGCGAGGAAGGAUGCGUGGCCGAGCCAGGGAGCCCGGGCGCCCCGCGGAGCCGGCCUCGGUGCCUCCCAGCCGGGGGUAGAUGCUGCCUCGCCCAGGCACCGUGGCCUGAGUGACCAGACCAUGGAGACUCUGCUUGGUGGCCUGCUGGCGUUUGGCAUGGCGUUUGCUGUGGUCGACGCCUGCCCCAAGUACUGUGUCUGCCAGAACCUGUCUGAGUCACUGGGGACCCUGUGCCCCUCCAAGGGGCUGCUCUUCGUGCCUCCCGACAUUGACCGGCGGACGGUGGAGCUGCGUCUGGGCGGCAACUUCAUCAUCCACAUCGGCCGCCAGGACUUCGCCAACAUGACGGGGCUGGUGGACCUGACCCUGUCCAGGAACACCAUCAGCCACAUCCAGCCCUUCUCCUUCCUGGACCUCGAGAGCCUCCGCUCCCUGCACCUCGACAGCAACCGGCUGCCCAGCCUCGGGGAGGACACCCUGCGGGGCCUGGUCAACCUGCAGCACCUCAUCGUGAACAACAACCAGCUGGGCGGCAUCGCCGACGAGGCCUUCGAGGACUUCCUGCUGACGCUGGAGGACCUGGACCUCUCCUACAACAACCUCCAUGGCCUGCCCUGGGGCUCCGUGCGGCGCAUGGUCAACCUGCACCAGCUGAGCCUGGACCACAACCUGCUGGACCACAUAGCCGAGGGCACCUUUGCUGACCUGCAGAAACUGGCCCGCUUGGACCUCACCUCCAACCGGCUGCAGAAGCUGCCCCCAGACCCCAUCUUCGCCCGCUCCCAGGCCUCUGUUCUGACGGCCACGCCCUUUGCCCCACCCUUGUCCUUUAGUUUUGGGGGGAACCCGCUGCACUGUAACUGUGAGCUUCUCUGGCUGAGGAGGCUGGAGAGGGACGAUGACCUGGAGACUUGUGGCUCCCCAGGGGGCCUCAAGGGCCGCUACUUCUGGCACGUGCGCGAGGAGGAGUUUGUGUGCGAACCGCCUCUCAUCACCCAGCACACGCACAAGCUGCUGGUGCUGGAGGGCCAGGCGGCUACGCUCAAGUGCAAAGCCAUCGGGGACCCCAGCCCUCUCAUCCACUGGGUGACCCCCGAUGACCGCCUCGUGGGGAACUCCUCCAGGACGGCCGUGUAUGACAACGGCACCCUGGACAUCCUUAUCACCACGUCUCAGGACAGCGGCGCCUUCACCUGCAUCGCUGCCAACGCGGCCGGGGAGGCCACAGCCACGGUGGAGGUGUCCAUCGUCCAGCUGCCACACCUCAGCAACAGCACCAGCCGCACCGCGCCCCCCAAGUCCCGCCUCUCGGACAUCACUGGCUCCAGCAAAACCAGCCGGGGAAGUGGAGGCAGUGGGGGCGGGGAGCCUCCCAAAAGUCCCCCUGAACGGGCUGUGCUGGUGUCCGAUGUGACCACCACCUCGGCCCUGGUCAAGUGGUCCGUCAGCAAGUCCGCUCCCCGGGUCAAGAUGUACCAGCUGCAGUACAACUGCUCCGACGAUGAGGUACUGAUUUACAGGAUGAUCCCAGCCUCCAACAAGGCCUUCGUGGUCAACAACCUGGUGUCAGGGACUGGCUACGACCUGUGCGUGCUGGCCAUGUGGGACGACACGGCCACGACGCUCACGGCCACCAACAUCGUGGGCUGCGCCCAGUUCUUCACCAAGGCUGACUACCCACAGUGCCAGUCGAUGCACAGCCAGAUCCUGGGCGGUACCAUGAUCCUGGUCAUCGGUGGCAUCAUUGUGGCCACGCUGCUGGUCUUCAUCGUCAUCCUCAUGGUGCGCUACAAGGUCUGCAACCAGGAGGUCCCCGGGAAGACGGCUGCUGCCGUCAGCAAUAUGCACUCACAGACCAAUGGGGCUCAGCCGCCUGCUCUGGGCAGUGCACAUAGCGGGGCCCCCAUGCCGGGGCCCCCCAAGGUGGUGGUGCGCAAUGAGCUCAUGGAGUUCAGUGCCAGCCUGGCCCGAGGCAGCGACUCCUCUUCCUCCAGCUCCCUGGGCAUCGGGGAGGCCAUGGGGCUGGGACGGGGCCCCUGGAGGCUCCCACCCCCUGCCCCCCGCCCCAAACCCAACCUUGAUCGCCUGAUGGGGGCCUUUGCCUCUUUGGACCUCAAAAGUCAGAGAAAGGAGGAGCUGCUUGACUCCAGGACUCCAGGCGGGAGAGGGUCUGGGACAUCAGCCAGGGGCCACCCCUCGGACCGAGAGCCACUGCUGGGGCCACCUGCGGCCCGGGCCAAAAGCCUGCUCCCCUUGCCCCUGGAGGGUAAGGCCAAACGCAGCCACUCCUUCGACAUGGGGGACUUUGCGGCUGCAGCUGCAGCAGCUGGAGGGGUCGCCCCAGGAGGCUACAGCCCUCCUCGGAGGGUCUCAAACAUCUGGACAAAGCGCAGCCUCUCUGUCAACGGAAUGCUCUUGCCCUUUGAGGAGAGCGACCUGGUGGGAGCCCGGGGAACUUUCGGCAGCUCCGAGUGGGUGAUGGAGAGCACGGUGUAGGCCCAGGGCAGUGGGCAUCCUGCCUCCCACCCUGCCGGGGUGGAAGAAGGGGAAAGCAUCUUCACCGGCAAGUCUUUGUGAAGUCUCCAUGGUGAUGUUUACAUCCAGGGACAGUUUUGUCUCCCUGUCAACGGCCUCCCCUUCCCCCUCCCCCUCCCCCGCCACACCACCCACACCACCUUCCCAGGCCCGUCCCCCACCACCCAUCGGGGUGUGCUCAGGGAAAGCGGACUCCAUCGCUCAAAUGUCGGACUGAGCCCUGAGUGUUUGGAAAGGCGGAACUCCUGCCUUUCUAAUCACAAAUGUAGCCUAUGAGCAAGUGGCUUUGGAUUGCUGAUGGGUCCAGUGUUGUUUUUAUUUCUUAGUUUGUUUCUUCUACUUCCCAGACUCCUCUUCUGUCACGUAGAUAAUGGAGAGUUUACACAAGAAAGUAGGCUCCCAGCAGCCCUGGUAGUGGGCCAUCAUUGCCAACUGAGAAGAGUAGGGAAUGAUUUGGGUUCCACAUUUGUUUAGGGGAAGACUGGAGUCCCCCAUGCAGACUCCUCAUUAUUCCCAAUAUUCUCCACACUUGGGAGGGGUGAGUGACCUCCCCCAUACCUGACCCAGCUUCCUUUGCUUCUCAAACAUGAUGCCCCACACCUCACAUCAGCUCAAACCGGAAGGGGAACUUCCAGGACUCCUAUGUGUGGGAGAUGGGGGAAGAGCUUUAUGAGACAUAAGGGCAUAAGGGAUGUUAACUUUUGGAGUUGCUUUGGAAUUUUUGUCUCUUGUUGGGGAAGCUGAGUCAGGAAGUCCCCAUGAAUGUGUAGGGGACCAAGUGGGUUUCUCUUAAGGAAAGUUGGAUUGGGGGAAGGUGGGGCAGAAGGAGCCCCAGUCACAGAGUCCAAAGCUCUGAGUUUGGGUUCCAGACCCACCACUGAAUAACCAGCUGAAGACAGUGGGCAAGACCCUAAUUCAUAAAAUACUGAGAUCGUACCAGGUCUCCAACUCCCUCCCCGCUCAAAGGACUAAGGAACUCUUUGUGACUAAAUGAACUGUAGGGUUUUGAAACCUGAAGAGGUGCUUGUGAUCGUCUCAUCCUUAACCCUCUCUCCUCUUCCCCACAGAGUCUAAGGGACUUGCCCAAAGUCACACAGUGAGUUAGCAACCAUGUGAGGGCAGGGACCAAGGCCGCUUACCUCCUGGUGGUGGUGUGUGAAAUCCGUUACCCUGUCUUCACCAUAGCUAGGGCGUUUCUGUGCCCAGAGUCUGUCCCUUGUUUGUUCCUGAAGAAGGUGUGGGACACAGGGACAUGGAGGAUGCCUUCCAUGGAUGCCAUUUAUGAGGAGGAUGCGUCAUGGAAAUGACAGGAUGGUGAUGGGGGAGGGGGGCACGGGCUCCUUUCCAUCUGGGGAUUAACACUCAUGUCCCAGACAGUGGAGAGGGGGCAGAGGAGACAUGACUGGGGAGAAGGACUUCCCCCUGCAGCUCUGUCUCUCCUGGUCUCCGUCUGUUCCAGGUCUCUCCUCACUACCAACAUACUACCUCUCCCUCGGUCUCCCCACCUCAUUCUUUCCUCUCCUGAGUCUCCCCUAUAGAUCCCUAGCCUCUCUCUCUGGUUCUUCUCCCUCCUUCCACUUGCCAACCACACAGCCUACAAAGUGCAUAGGUGAGUCCAUUUCAGGCUGAAACAUUCUGAUGGGCUCAGGCUUGGAGCUGAGCUGGUGGCCCCCCUACCCCACCCAGCACACACAGGGAGAGGCAGGGAGUCUAUGCAGGAUUGCCUUCUGGCUCCAGCCCAGGAGCCUCCAAAUCCCAUCACUUCGUCCUUCCUCCCAUCCUCCUCUCUCUCCUCACCUUCCCUCCUCUCCAGUCUUCAUUCUUCUUCUUCCAGUGCCUCCCUGUCUUCCCCAGUCCUUUUCUGGUCCUGACCUGGCCAUUAACAUUCCGGUCCAGUCUCUUCCUGAGACCACAGGCUGACUUUCCAGGCCAGCCCCAGGACCGCAGCACAAGCCGUCCGCAGUCCCGGUGGUGCCCUCAGCCUUAGGUGACUUGAAAGGAAAUCUCUACUCCUCCCCCUUUCCCUGCUCCUUUUUCCUCCUCUCCUUUUUCCUGCUGCAUCUUUCUCACUCAACCUUUCUAAAUGUAGCCAUUGAGGAAGUGACCCCAAAUACCACCUCACUUUUUGCCUUUGGGUUCAAACACUCAGAGGGAAUGAGGUGGACGCCGGAAGGGGAGGAACCAGCUGUCCUCGUCAGUGGCUCCGAGCUCUGUCGUGACAUGAUAUGUACUUGCGCUUGUGUUUGUCAGGUUUCUGACUUGGAAUUUUGGAAAGCGACAUCCCUGUGGGCAGAGUACAAAUGCCAAUCUUCUCCUUUGCUUAAAAGAAAAUGUACAGUAAAAUGUACAAUUUUAAAAACAGCAACCAACCACACUUCUUGGGGGAGAGAAAAAAAAGAACAUUCCUGUCUCUGUGAA